AUGCGACCUUUGCAAACUUUGAUAUUUAUUAUAUUUUUUAGAGCUCUUCAAUGUAUAAAUCUGAGGAUCGAGGAAUUCUAUGCCAAAUCUUUUGUGCCCGAUGAUAUCUAUGUGGCCUAUGACAUUGAACAUUUUGAGGGAAUUAGCUUUAAUCUAACAGUUCAAGUUCCUUUUCCAGGCAAGCUCCUUGUGCAUAUUUUCGUGCGGAAGCUUUCCGAUAAAGUGGGUGGAUCCGAUCAAGUAGAUCUGAUCCGAUUCAAAAACCAAGAUCUCUGCAAGCUUCUCGAUGCCCUACGCAAUAUCACUCUGGAGGAGAUAGCAGGCGAAAGUCUUUUGCCCUCCACCUUCGUAGUCUCAUGUCCUUUGGUUCCAGGGUUUUACUACGUGCAAAAUAGCACAAUUAAUGCCAAGCUGGUUCCCUUUCGAAUACCCGAUGGAAGAUAUUUAGUACUUUUUGAGCUGAUACAAGUCUAUGAGGAGGUUAUCAAACUAGUUUCCUGCAGGAUUAAGUUUGCCUUGAAGACCCCACCUGGAUAUAAAGAACCACCGGGUACUAAAAGCAGCGAGGAACGGGAUGAAACAGCUAAAGGGCCUGAAUUAGAAAAUGAUAAUCCAAGUUCAGAGGACCGAACCUAUUGAAGACAACUAUGAAGCUUCAAUCGA